AUGAGAACAUUUCAAUUGGAUUUGAAUAUCUCUUACAUUUUGCAGAGUGGAUUAUUACCACAAGCAGCAUUUUCGUCAUCUUGGAUGAAUGCAGAAAUGCCAGUGAAGAAAAAUAUAAUCAUAUUCAUGGAACGAUCGAAAAGACCACUAAAAAUAUAUGCAGGGAAAAUGCUAGAACUUAGUUUGCAAACAUUUUCCACGAUAAUCAAUUCUUCAUAUAGAUAUUAUGCAGUUCUGCAACACAUGCAAAGUACAAAAAAUAUAUAA